UCCUGGUUUGUGUUUGCGAGUUUGUGGUUAGAGUUAGAGGCGAAUUAGGUUAAAAUUAUUCACAGUGGUAGAUUGUAACCAUUGGAAGAAAUAUUUAAGAUUCCUCAAUAAAUACCUGUAAACAUCUACCUAACCUGGAAAUCCUGAAAGCAAUUUUUACUCUAUUCUUAUUUUGAGAAAAGUUGGAAGGAUAUUAGAAUGUCAGAAAUAUUAAAUGAACCGAUAAAACUGAAAGAUUUGAUGGAAGACGGAGUGGAGUUCACUGUCAAAUCUGAAGCGGUGGACGGUGUGGAGGAAGAAACCGAUGAAGAUCGAGAGUACAAGAAAAAUCUACUAGAUUUUAUGAAUAUGCAAGUGGUAGGAGGCGAUUACCAAGAUGAAGACACAUAUAUCGAAGGCCAACCAUUUGAAAAUAUCGCUUCAAAAAUGUUCAAUAUUGUUGAAAAUGGGGCAAUCAAGAAACGUAUUAUUCGUGAGGGAUAUGGUGAUAAACCACCAGACUUGUCCAGUGUUAGAGUUCACUAUAAUGGGUAUAUUGAGUUUAAUGCAGAACCUUUUGACUCUACAUAUGCCAGAAAGAAAUCACAUCAGUUCACUGUGAAUAGUGGUGAAGUAAUUCCAGGAUUAGAUAUUGCAGUUCAAAGCAUGAAACUUAAUGAGAAAUCCCAGUUUCUCAUUCAGCCACAAUAUGCAUAUGGAAAGCUUGGUUGUCUCAAUAGAGUACCAGCAAAUUCAGAAGUGCUGUUUGAGGUAGAACUCUUAGAAAUUGUUGAUGUGGGUGCUGCAAGUGCAUAUGAAUCAUUGCCGCCAGAAGAUCAGAGAAGUUUUGUAAAUUUGUAUGGGUACUGUCUUGCUCUGUGUGCCAAAGGAAAUGAUCUUUAUGGAAAAAAUGUUAAAGCUGCUAUCAGAGAGUAUAACACAGCAGCAGGAAAAUUAGAAAUGUGCCAACUUUCAGAUUAUGAUGAUCAGAUUAAACAGCAAGAACUAUUGAUGAGGCUAUAUACUAAUUUGCUGAUAUGCUACACAAAAGUUGAAGAACCCAAAAAAGGUUGUAUUAAUUUCAAUAAAAUUAGAGAACUUGUUAAUGGGACUGACUUGACUAUAUCUGCGAAAUGUUAUUACAACAAUGCUAAAUGUCUAAGAAUGUUAGGCGAGUUUAAUUUAGCUAAGAAAAGAUUGGAUCUAGCAUACAAACUAGAACCAAAAAAUCCGGAUAUUUUAAAUGAGAUGGUGAAUUUGGAAAAUGAAAUUAAAACCUAUAAGAAAAAACAAAUUGAACUUGGCAAAGCCUUGUUAAACAGUGCCAAGUAAAUACUGUUUAUUGAAUUGCAAUAUUCUUUCAUGUUGAAUGUGAUUUUUAGCAUUAGUUUUUAUUAAUAGUAAACAACUUUAUUCACUGAUAUACAUGAAACCUAAAGUUUUUUAAUAAUUUAGCGUGAUUAUUGGAAUGAAAUGAAUAAUUUAAGGCCUGAGUAUUAUUAUAUUUUAGAUUAUUUUAAGUUCAGAUUUUCUAUAAAACAUUUGGGGUGGUAUAUCGAAAACAGAUUGAAGUAGUUACUGAAAUUAAUAAUCUAGCAAAGAAAUUUAAAAAAACAAAUUUUCUUGUUAAGAAAUUGAAUAUUAAUUAACAAAAGACAAAUGAAAAAUAGUUGAAAGUUCAAAAUUUUUGACGAUACGACUGUUUAUCGAAAGUUGCUAAUUUUCAUUCUGUUUCACUCAUAGUUCGAAGUAGUUUUUGUAAUAUAUCUCACAAUACCUUACAGAAGAGACACUCACCUUGAGAUACUUUGAUAUUGAGGGGUCAAGUUUCUGUGACCCAUAUUGUGUGUUGCAGGUGUUUAAUAUUUUAUUUUAUGUAGAAAAUUCAAAUUGUUUUAAAUUCAUCAGGUUAUAAUUGAAGUAGAGAAACUAGUUCUGUUUUACCAUGUUCACAUUCACACAAGACUGUCAAAAACUUAAGGUUUCGGUUUCGUGCAGAGUGUCUCUUCUGUAAGGUAUUCUGUGACAACUUUAAGUCAUUAGAACACAGAUCUGUCAAUGUAGUUGAGGAUUAUAAUGGUAUAGUAAAUGGUAAAUUAAACGUUU